GAGGGGAGGGGAGACGGCGCGGUCGCUCUCCUCAAGCCAGCCCUGCCAGGUAGGCCAAGCCGGGCUCUCCGCCCAAGCCCCGCCCACCUCCGCGAGCGCCUCCAACUGCCGCCUCACUCAGGCCUCCCGCUUGCGCCAAACCGAUGCCGUGGUGGGCGGCGCCAGGGCCUUCCGGUGGGCGGUCCCCCGUCGGCGGCUUCCGGGGCGGGGCUGAGGCCAAGAUGGCGCCGGUGCUGCGGAUCCAGAGCGACUGGGACCAGGUCUUGAGGAAAAAUGAGGAGCAGGUUUGGCUGAGCUGCAGGAGUCCAGGGAAAUCAACUUUAUAUGGAACUUUGACCUGUCAUGGUUUGAGCCCAGAUGGGAUUCCUGAAAUUGUAGCCUCCGAAGGAUUUGAAGUCAGUGCAAUAACUAAGAAAAGUUUGCUUGUCUCCUGCUUGCGGGAAAACACCUCUAGCAAAUUUCUGGCACCCUAUACUUCCUUCUGCAGGAUCCAUCAGAAAAGUAUCACUUGCCUUGACAUUUCGAGUGGAGGCGGGCUUGGCGUAUCCACCAGCGCCGACAGCACUAUGAAAAUUUGGCAAGCCGCUAAUGGAGAAGUUAGAAGGAAUUUGGAAGGUCACGUAUACGAUGUGAAUUGUUGUCGAUUUUUCCCAUCGGGCAUUGUGGUGCUGAGCGGAGGGAUGGACGCCAGGCUAAAGAUCUGGUCUGCGCAGGACGGUAGCUGCGUCGCAACUUUUCAAGGACACAAAGCAGGAAUCCUGGACACGGCCAUUGUGGAGAGGGGCAGGAACGUGGUCUCUAGCUCGCGGGAUGGCACGGCGCGCCUUUGGGAUUGUGGGCGAUCGACUUGCCUGGGCAUCGUAGCCGAUUGCGGCUCUCCCAUCAAUGGGAUUGCUCUGAAUGCAACGGACAACUCUUUAAACUUGGGAUCCCCCGAAGAACUUCCCAGUGAGCGCGAAGUUGGCACGGAAGGCAAGCUGCUGCUGUUGGCUCGGGAGGACAAAAAAUUGCAAGGCGUGGGCUUACAAAGCAGGCAGCCGAUUUUUCUUUUUAUCGGUUUGGCUGCUUUCAACUGUUGCACUUUCCUCUCCAACACGUAUCUGCUGGGAGGGACGCAGGAUGGGAGCAUCUACCAGCUGGAUGUCAGAAACACCAAAGCUCCCAUUCGAGUGAUCCAGAGAUCAGGCGCUCCGGUCCUUUCACUGAUGCCUUACAAAGAUGGAUUUAUUGCCAGCCAAGGUGAUGGGACUUGUUUUAUUAUGCAGCAGGAUCUCGAUCACGUGCUCGAACUGACCGGAUCCGACUGUGAUCCUGUGUACAAGGUAGCUCCCUGGGGGAAAGAAAUCUAUACCUGUUGCCGAGAUGGGAUUCUUCGGAGAUACCAGCUUUCCGAUCUCUGAUCCUUCUGGAAAUGCCAACAACGGAUUGCAAACGCUGGAUUUAUUUAGUUCAGGGAUUUCUCUCAAUGACUGCUUGGAAAGGGGCCAACGGGGAAGUUUGUUUGCAGUCACCUAUAGCUGUGUUUUCUGAAGCUGGGCCGCUUUAAGAGGGGCAGACUUCAACUCCCAGAAUUCUAUGCUAUGCUGGCUGCGGAAUUCUGGGAGUUGAAGUCCGCCCCUCUUAAAGCGGCCCACCUUCAGAAAACACAGCUCUAGCUAUAAAGUCGCUUGAACGGAGCUGAUGACAGGUAUGACUUUAAGAAGACCUCACCUGAACUCGGGGCUGAACCGGGUAUUCCUGCGAAAACGAGACACAGGACGCCUGAAAAUUUUUGCUCUGAAGGUUUCUUACUAUUAAAGGCCACCUCGCAUUUAGAAAAGCCACAA